AUGGUGGCAACCGAGUUCCUGGGGUAUAUUCAAUCAUUUUCAGCAACAACAUAUGUCGGAGUUGAAGACUUAGCGGACCGGGCCAAUUUCCAAUGGAACGUUAUUGUCCUCUUGAUCAGUAUGGUUCUUGUAACAGUUCGUCAGUACUUUAUGGCUCCAUUGGUCUGCUACCUCCCAACAACGGUAAGUGGUGGAAAUGCAGAAUCAUAUGUAACGAAUCUCUGCUGGGUUGAAGGCACCUUCCCUAUCAAUCUCACUACUGGUGUUGUACCCACCGAUGUCAAGGCAUGGAGUUCUACGAACCCCGGAAUUAUGAAUUAUUAUCAGUGGGUUCCGUUGGUUCUUGGUCUCCAAGCCAUAAUUUACUAUGUUCCAAGGAUAAUUUGGAGUAUAUUCACAUACAACAGAACUGGAACAGAUCUCCAGAGUCUUAUUAGAACUGCCGACAGUGCUGCAAAAGAUGAGGGUGAAAAACGCGAGAAGGCGGUGCGCCAUAUGGCGAAGAGCUUGGAGUUACUCUUGUUCAACCGUCGUGAAUAUCACCACCGUUCGGGCGGUCCCUUAGCCAGGGUGCUGCGGGGUCUCCCCGGAAAAAGGCACGGCAAUAAUCUCAUCUACUAUUACAUCUUUAUCAAAAUUCUCUACGUUUGUAUUGGGAUUUCGCAGCUCUAUCUCAUGUACACAUUUCUUCGCUUUGAUCGGAAAGAAGGAUACCUUUUCUUUGGAUGGAAACUUCUGGAUGAUAUUCGCAGGGGAAGGCUAUGGACGGAGACACAGGUGUUUCCACGUGUCGGCGCAUGUCGACAUACACUACAGCACGUGGCCGCCGGCAACAAUCUUUUUGCUCAAUGCGUUCUGCCAAUUAACAUGCUGAACGAAAAGAUAUACAUUUUUCUCUACUUCUUUUUGGCUGGCGUUAUGCUUUUCACUGUCAUUAGCAUUCCCCUCUGGCUGUUUAGAAUCUCAAAGUACCGUCAGAGGCAUUUCGUCAAACGGUUUUUGAAAAUGGCAGACGUUUACAAUAGAGACGACUCGCAAUUAAAGGACCUGAUCGACCGUUUCAUCAAUGAGUUUCUUAGGCAAGAUGGUCAUUUUCUACUGAGAAUGUUGUCGAUGAAUGCAGGUGACCUAAUUACAGUGGAAAUUGUCUGUUGCCUCUUCGGAAAUUAUAGAAAGCAGUUUUAUGGGAAGGAUUUCCGUGGUCAAAAGAAGGAAAAAGUCAAUGAGUAUGGCGAACCUCAAAAAAGCGACCACGCUCUGAAGAACGUCCCCUACUCAAGUAGUCCAAGUAGUGAGGGUGACUUCAUGAGCAUGAAACUGCAGCCUGGUGGUUACGCUUCCUCAAAGCAUCGUCCAUUGCCCACGGCACCACCAGAGGACUCACCUCCGUACCCACAAGACGAGGAGGAAUUUCAAAAGGCAUCAGUAACCUCGCCUUACCCCAAGUUGCCUGAUUAUCCUCAUGAUAUUGAUAAGAAACUACCCCUUACUGGAAGUGCUGAAAAGAGUGCUAAUCAUGAAGAUCACCAAGAACCUCCAUCAUCUUCAGUGAAGGAUGCGCCCAAUGAGCUUAAAUCUUCCAACGUUUGA